ACACCGCCACCAUGGGAUACAAGCCAUUCCGCUCAACUUACUACGAUGACCGCAUGCGCGCCUCGCCCGCCCUGCUGCGAGCCCGCGCGCCCUACCUGAUCAAGAACACCAUCACCGGCUUCGCAAUCUGCUCGCUUGUCAUUGGCAUAUACACUUACACCAUCAAUGCCAUCUCCCAGGACGAGUUCGAGGAUGUCAUUGUGCCAGACAAGCCGCUGGACAGGUCCGCUCAGCCUACCACCCAAGCCCUUCAACAAGCCAUGGACGCGCGCAAGUAAAAUAAUCAUCUGCCUGUAUAUUGGUGUAAAAGAUAUGUAUGCAUUGGGUUGGCGCUACAGGAAUCAUUCGGGAAAUACCACUUUUUCGCCAUUUUGAAUCGCACUGUGCUCAAGACUGUCCGUUCACGUAUCCCACUUGCACACCGUACGCGGAAUCUCUUGUACCGUUCAACUUUGCACAUUCAAGAUCAACAUGACUGGACGAUAGUUGCGGUAGCGAUCUCCGCUCCGCCUUGCACCCGCUCCGCCGACCAAUCAUGUGUGUGCUGCAACAACUCCUCAGCGAGGACCAUGGAAUGCCUUGUGGCUCUAUUGCUUUUCU